UGAAUUGGGAAGUGAAGAACAAAUUAAAAGUGCGAAAACCAAAUUUAGCAAAGGUAUGAAGAGAGAAGAGAAACGGCAAAAGCUCCAUGAAGGGCUCUUUAGGAUGCUCUAUCCUCCUCCACCAUCACCUCCUUCCCAAGAAGAAAACAGUGACGACGAACCAUUUGACAUUCUCGAACAAGGCGAUCCAAUUCCAGAUCAACUGGAAAAGGAUAGUGGUUCUUCCUCCUCUGGCAACCAGGAGGAGACUGAUCAUGGGCCUGAGAAGCUCACAAGGGCACAGAGGAAGAAGAUUCGACGGAAGAAACUUAAGGAAGCCUCCUCACGCCGCCAGAAUAUAAUAGGGCCGUUGUUGCCUACUGAAGAGAUUGAUCGUGAGGAUGUAAAUGUGAGUACGCCACCACAAGGUGUUCGACAAAAUGCCAAUGAGACAGAUGAUGCAGAUUCUUGCUUGAAACAAAACAAACAAAAACAAAGAAGAAUGGCUAAACGGUUGGUUGGUGGCACCUCAAAGUCAACUGGGGAUGGCAACAAGACUUGAAAGCUCCAUUUCUUUUGCCGAGGGAUAAGAAAACUUGAUUGACUGCUUAAAGAAGGGUCAUUGCAAAGCGAAAAUUUUGAAAUCGGAUUUGAUACAACUGCUGACAAAAAUUUUAAGAGGUUGUGUUAUUUUUUCAUAACUCUGAGGCAUGUUUUUUUUUUUUUUUUUGAACUGUGUGUUCAUGUUUAGGAUACUUAUAUAUAGUUGCAAAUGUUCGCUUAAUAGUAGUUAAUUUAAUGAUUUGUUAUCUUCUAGUACUGUAAUUAACUUAUAUUCAUAUUAUUUUGAUGACAUAUAGCUUAAUGAAUGUUGGAGAAA